GAAGCAGCAAAGGACCCUGGGAAAGAGAAAGGUUGGGAGAGCCAUUUUUGCCUAGAGCCGAAUCAACAAAAAUGAGAAGAGCUUGUCCUUGAACAGUAUAACUACUUAUACUUUUUGUUGUAUUCAUCAGCAAUUAAGAUCUGUCACAUCUAAUUAUUUUCUCAUUGAGGAAUUGUCUUUGCGCCAGUCUUCAAUUGUACCGCCUGACAUGGGAGCUGAUAAACGGGUCGGUCGCACUGAGCGUAGUGGCAGGUACGGGCCAGAUCAGUCCCGCAAUGAUUCAGAGUGGAGAGACCGGCGGGAGAGGGACCCGGAGCGCGACUACGAGGCCAGGCGCUGGGGCGAUGACAGGCGUGGGGACCGCUACGACGGGGAGCGCUGGGGCCGAGACAGCCCCGAGCUGAGAGACCGGAAGAGACGCAACAGCGACAGGUCUGAAGAUGGCUUCCACUCUGACGGCGAUGAGCAAGACUACAGAGGAGAGAUGGGCGAGGAGCAAGAGAAUAGAACCAUCAUGCUAAGGGGCCUGUCGCUUCAUGUGACCGAGGCAGAGGUCCGGGCUGCUCUGGAACAGCUGGAAGGACCCCAGCCCGCAGACAUCCGGCUGAGGAAGAAGAGAACAGGUAUAAGCCGAGGGUUCGCCUUCGUGGAGUUUUAUCACUUGCAAGAUGCGACUCGAUGGAUGGAGACCAAUCAGAACCUGUUGGUGAUCCAGGGCAAGACUGUCGCCAUGCACUACAGCAACCCCCGCCACAAGAAGACAGGGGUUGAAGACUGGCUUUGCAGCACAUGUGGCCUGUACAAUUUCCGAAGAAGGCUGAAGUGCUUCAGGUGUGGAGCAGCAAAAGAAGAGUCCGAGACCACCAGCCCUACGAGAGCCCCAGAUCCCCCACAACCUGGAGAUUGCUACGGCGACACGAUCAUUCUGAGGAACAUCGCCCCUCUCACCACGGUAGAGGCCGUCAUGGCAGCGCUGGCGCCCUACGCCAACCUGUCUGCCAGCAACAUCCGCCUCAUAAAGGACAAGCAGACGGGACAGAACCGUGGCUUUGCCUUCGUUCAGCUCUCAUCCCCUCUGGAGGCUUCCCAGCUUCUCACCAUCCUCCAGGGACUGCAGCCGCCGCUCAAACUGGAUGGGAAGACCAUUGGUGUGGACUAUGCCAAGAGUGCCAGGAAGGAUCUGCUUACGUCAGACGGGGCCCGCCUCAGCGCCUUCUCAGUAGCCAGCACCGCCAUUGCUGCCGCCCAGUGGUCCUCCAGCCAGCCUCAGCAGGGCACUGACGCACGCUCGGAGUACAGCUACCUGCAGGAGGGCUAUGUGCCCUAUGCCCAGUAUGGUCAGGAUUACCAAGCCUACUAUCAGCAGCCCGGAGUAAUGGAUCCUGCUCAUGGGACCGGCUUGCUAGGAGCUGCCCCAGGGGCCAAGAUCAUACCAGCCGCUGCAGGUGUGGUGGUGUCUCAGAGCGCCCAGGCCUACCAGCCCCACAUUGUCAGUCAGCCCAUCACACAGGUAGCGCAGCAGAAUGAGGCAGCAGCACACUCUGCAGGUGUCGUGGCAAGCACAACUGCCACCACCUUAGCUACGACAGCAACGGCUGCCGCGGCAGCCUCCGACGGCAAAUCCGCUCCUGACACAUCGACCUACCAGUACGACGAGUCCUCCGGGUUCUACUUUGACCCACAAACUGGGCUCUACUACGAUCCAAAUACUCAUUAUUACUACAACUCCCAGACACAGCAGUAUCUGUACUGGGACAGUGAGAAGCAGGCGUACGUACCUGCGGCCAAUGGCGCCACCACUGCACAGGCCUCAAACUCCACUAUGUCAGGUGGCUCCAAGGAGACCAAAGAGGCCAAGGAGAAGAAGGAAAAGCCAAAGAGCAAGUCUGCACAACAGAUCGCCAAGGACAUGGAGCGCUGGGCUAAGAGCCUGAACAAGCAGAAGGAGAACUUUAAGAGCAGCUUCCAGCCCCUGAGCCAGGAAGAGAAGAAGGAGACGGCUGCAGCCGACGCAGGCUUCAUCCUCUUUGAGAAAAAGCAGAGCGGCGUGUUGGAGAGGCAGCCCAUUCCUCUGCCGCUGCAGGUCCCCGAGGCCGCCAAGGCUGCAGAGGAUGAAAGCUCUAGUGGUCUGGUGGCGGCGUACAGCGGCGACAGCGACCCGGAGGAGGCGGAGUCUGAGCGGAGUGAGGAGGACAAGCUGACGGACUGGAAGAAGAUGGCCUGCCUGCUGUGCCGCAGGCAGUUCCCCAACAAGGACGCGCUGGUGCGCCACCAGCAGCUCUCAGACCUCCACAAGCAAAACCUAGAGGUUCACAAAAGAUCCAGACUGACCGAAUCAGAGCUGGAGGACUUUGAGAGGAAGGAGAGUGAGAUGAAAUACAGGGACCGGGCUGCUGAAAGAAGAGAGAAGUACGGCAUCCCGGAACCUCCAGUACCAAAGAAGAAGAAGUUUACCCCUCAGCCGCCUGUCGUGAAUUACGAGCAACCUACAAAGGACGGCCUGAACAGCGACAACAUCGGGAACAAGAUGCUGCAGGCCAUGGGCUGGAAGGAGGGCAAGGGCCUGGGGCGGAAUCAGCAGGGCAUCACCGCGCCCAUCCAGGCUGCUCUGAGGAUGAAGGGAGCAGGCUUGGGGACGAAGGGCAGCAAUUAUGGACUAUCUCCAUCCGAGACCUACAAGGACGCCGUGCGCAAGGCCAUGUUCGCUCGCUUCACGGAGAUGGAGUGAGCCCGUCUCCUCCCUGCGCCCUCCGGAAGACCGACCCCCCCCAGGCCACAGGUGGAGCGGGCCCUCCUCAAGCUGACUUGCACACCUCCAGUGAAUAUGGGUUGCCUCGCCCUGUCCUCCUGAGCAACCGGCCUCCCGGAGACGGGCGAUGAGAUGGGAGGCCACGGCCUUUUUUGGGUACUGACUCUGGGAUCAAAGCAAAGAAAUGGCACCCGUCUCAUUUCCAUAGCGGCUGCCUCUGAGGGGCUGCUCCUUCCUUUGGCCUUGUUGAACAGAAUAUUUUGGGAAUGUAAGACACUUGUCUGUUUCUCAGGUGGAGCAAGAGCAGUUUGUAUGUAAUUUAAUGUAUGUAUGUUUCUUUGUUCAAAAGAAAUAUCUUCAUCCUCUGUGGAAUGGUAUUGGUAGCAUUUUCUUAUGUUCAAUAAGCUGUACAGUUUGUAAGAUUUUUUUUUUUUUGCACACAAUAAAUAAGAGUGGUAACCUU